AUGAAACCCUCACGUAUACCUGUUAGAGCAUUUGGUAAUGCAGUUUAUUAACAACCUAUUGAAUAGCGUCAAUUAAGACCUUCUUCAAUUUAAUAAACAUUGGAACCAAGAUAAAUUAUGAGAUGUGUUUCUUAAGAAUAAAAAUUACCUUAUCAACCUAUUUAAUAUAUUUAAUAUCCAUAAUAGUAAAGGUAUUCUAAUCUAUUAAUUUUUAUUUUUAGAGGUUCAAGUCCACCAAUCAGAAAAUCAUUAUAAGAGACUGUCGCCUUUUAUUAAUAAUAAUAAUACUAAUAAAGUGUACCCUUAAAAACUGAAUAAUUAAACAAAGCAUCCUUAAUUUAAGAACUUAAUAAAGUAUAAUCUUAAACUUAAUUCAAUAAUAUGUCUUAGUAAGAUGAUAAUAAUCAGUCAAACAUUAUUAAACAAUAAAAUGAAUAAAUUUAACAACUAUAAACUUAAUUAUCUGAGAAAGUUCAUCAACAUUAAUAAUUGUAAGAAAGAUUUAAUGUUGAAUUCAGAAAGUUUUAGGAAGAUCUCAGACAUAAAUUAACCAAUAUUGAUCUUAAUAUUACAUAGAAUGAUUAUACUUAAUAAUUUAUGUUAGAAAUUGAUAGGAAAGUCACAAAUCUAUAGAACAAUCUUAAUGAAUAGAUUAAAGAACUCUAAGAAAAUUUUGAUAUCAAAACUAAAUAAAGUGAACAUUUAGUUAAAAACUUAUCUUCUAAUACAUCUUUAAGAUUGAAUGAAGAUGAAUAACAUUUUAAAUAAGAAAUCGAAAAUUUAAAUAAUAAACUCAAUUCUAAAGCAGAUAGAUAAAAAGUAGAAUAAACUAUUUAAGUAUAAAUUACUUAAUUACAAAAUUAAUACUAAUUACAAUUAUAAUAAGCUCAUUAAUUAUUAAAUAAAAUAAAUAAUGAAAAGAGUGAUGAAUUAUAAUCAAUCAAAAAUUAAAUACAAAAUACUUUAUUACAUUUAACAUAGUAAGUUAAUUAAAAAUUAUAAAAUAUGUAUGAUACAAUAAAUGAACGAGAUUAAGAAAACAAUAAUCAUAAAUAAGAAAGUAAAUAAUUGAAUUAGAAUUUUAUGAAUUUGAAUAGCAAAUUUUAGUAAUUAUAAUAAUAAUCUAUAAAAACUAUUACAUAAUUAAAGUAGAAGAAUAAAUAGAUCGAAAAAGAAAAUCAAGAUUUAAGUAAAUAAUUAACUUAAUAAUAAUUUUUGGUUACUUAAUUUUAAUCUGAAAUAACUAAAUUGAAAAAUACUAAUUCUUAAUUGACUUUAUAAUUGUCUCCAUAAGCAAAAUAAAAUAGUUUUUUUUCUACUUCUACAGCUGUAGCAAAUUAGAAGUCAAAAAAACAAUUAAGUAUUGUUAAAAAGAAAAAUGAAAUUAGUUUGGAUGAUUUUGCAGAUUUCAAUGAAAAUUCAUUAUUAGAUUCAAAUGAAAGUUUUGAAAUAAAUGAAACAUGUGGUUUUAGUAAGACAUAAAAAACCCCUUAGAUAGGAGAAUUCUAAAGUCCUCCUAGAAAUCCCUUUAAAAAAUCUUAAAUAUAGAAUUAUAACAAAAUUUUAAAUGAUGAUCAUAGUGGUCAAGUAUCAUGUAAAAGUAGAGGUAAAUCAGCACCAUUACCUAUGAUUAAUGCCUUAACAAAAGCAAUAAAGAGAAGUAUAUCAUAAUUGAAUUAUUUUAAUAGGAUUACUCUAUCUAGGUAAAAAUGAUAGAGUAUUAACAUGUUCUUACAAUUCAGAGAAACAUUUGAUUGAUAGUGAUAUGGGAUUAUGCUUAUUAGAUGAAAAUGGCUCUCCAUUCAUUGUUAGUGAACAAGAAAAGAACUAAUUGAUUCAAAUGAAGUUGAUUAGAAUAAGCUGA